GGGCUUGUGGGACUAGGAUGAUGUCAUCCCCAUCAUGUGGCUUAUAUCAGCUGAUUGGGGGGGCAGAGGCUGCAACACUUCCUGGUUCUCAGCACAUACGGAAGCUGCCAGGCAGUGCUACCAUGUGCGGGGCCUUCAUCUUCCUUCUGGCCCUCCGCCUAGCCGGGGCCAGCCCAGGGGUGCCCACAGUGCAGCUGCUGGACCAUGAGGGCCCUGUGCUGGAGGGCGACAACGUGACACUGGAGUGCAUGGCCGGGCCCGGCGCUGACAUGAGCAGCUUCAGCUUCCAGAAGUACAGCCCGUGGCUGCAGAGCUGGGUGCAGCUGGACGCAGGGGCCAGGCUGCGUUGCUGGUUCUAUGCUGUGGCCGUGUCACGCCCAGGCGGGCGCCUCCUGCUGGACAUUGCCAGGCUCCAGCGCUGGCACGAGGGCGCCUACCGUUGUGCCCCUAUGCCUCUCAAUGACACUUUCGUCCCUGAGCCCGGCCCAAGCAACGCCUCUGGAGAAGCCACCUUCAUGCUGCAUGUGGACUACUUGCGGGACGUGUGGGUGACGUGGCCGGACGCAUGGUGUGGGACUGUGGGUGACACCGUGACCGUGACUGAGGGCGAGGACCUGGAGCUGGAGUGUGCUGCUGAGGCCUCGCGGCCCCCCAAGUUUGACUGGACCCGUGAUGGCGAGGCCUGGACACUGCAGGCACAGGCACUGGGGUUGCGUGGGCUGCAGCAGGACCAGGCUGGUACCUACCGAUGCCAUGCGCGGCUGUCGGGCCUAACACAGAGCCGUGCCGUGACUGUGCUGGUGGAGCCACCCGCCGGCACCCAGCGCCUUGCAGAGACAGCACAGACCCCUGGUGCGCUGGCGCUGGUCCUGGCCGUGGUGCUGCCUGUGGUGCUCCUGGUUGUGCUGGCCACAGUGCUGGCUGCCUGGGUGCAGUGCCGCCACCCUGCCAAGAGCCCCCCGCCGGAGGUGUCUGGCCAGCGCAUCCCCAUCUUCAAGGGCAGCCUGGAGUCCGUGCAGGGGGGUGCUGGGGACACGCACCCUCUGGUCCGCUGACACAGCCCCUGGGAUGCAGGAGCUGGUCACUAGCUGGAUGCAGACCCUGCUGGAAGCACAGCUGAGGGGAGGGGGGCUGUAACAGGGGCAGGGGAGGCACCAAAAGCACUGACUACAAUAAAAACACUGAACAUGG